GUAUGUAUCUGAAAAAGCUGAGAGGGAUAACGUAAGAUAUUAUCAGAGUAAUGGAGAAGUGGAAGUUCCAAGGGAACCAAGGGCUGAAGAGUUUGGCGGUUUCAGUGAGUGGCGCGUUCAACGUGCUCAUGCAGAGCAUCAGCAAGGAGAAAGAGGUGGUUCAUCUUUGUCGUGUUGACCCUACGGAUAACCCUUUGUUUAGUGUAGAUCCUGUGGCUGCUCAUGCUGUCUCUACCGCCGUUCACUCUGGCAACUUCAACUGUUACCCUCCCACCUUUGGCCUACCUCAAGCUAGAAGGGCUAUUGGAGAAUAUCUGUCUAGAGAUCUUCCAAACAAGCUAUCAGCAGAAGAUAUAUAUGUUACAGAUGGUGCCACACAAGCCAUAGAUAUAAUCUUACCAGUAUUUGCAACUCCAGGGGCUAACAUUCUCCUUCCAAGACCAGGCUAUCCUCAAUAUGAAACUCGUGCUACUUUGUGCGGCCUUGAAGUCCGCCACUUUGAUCUCUUGCCUAACAGUUCCUGGGAGGUAGACAUUGAUUCCCUUGAAGCUCUAGCAGAUGACAAAACUAUGGCCAUGGUUCUCGUUAGUCCUAGCAAUCCUUGUGGGAAUGUCUUCACCUACCAACAUUUAAAGAGGGUUGCAGAGACUGCAAGGAAACUGGGGAUGUUUGUAAUAUCUGAUGAAGUUUAUGCCCAUAUAGCUUUUGGGUGCAAUCCAUUUGUGCCUAUGGGAGUAUUUUCGUCAAUAGUUCCCGUGAUUACACUUGGCUCUAUAUCUAAAAGAUGGAUUCUUCCUGGUUGGAGAUUUGGUUGGAUAGCCACUUGUGAUCCCCAUCGAAUUUUCCAAAAAUCGGGGAUUGCGGCAAAUAUCGAGAGCUAUAUGGAGAUUACUAAUGACCCUCCAACUUUCAUGCAGGCAGCAAUUCCUGAAAUACUUGAGAGAACAAACGAUGAAUUUUAUUCAAAAAAUCUUGAUAUAACGAGGGAGGCUGCAAACGCACUCUAUGAAAGAUUUAAGGAGAUCCCUUCCUUGAUAUGUCCUCAUAAACCAGAUGGAGCCAUGGCUGUGAUGGUGCAGAUAAACUUGUCACAAAUUGACGGCAUUGCUGAUGAUGUGGACUUCUGUGUCAAGCUGGCCAAAGAGGAAUCACUACUUAUUCUUCCUGGUGUUAUUGUUGGACUGAAGAACUGGCUUCGGGUUAGUUUCGGUUUGGAGCGUUCUGCAAUUGAAGAAGGCCUUAACAGAUUAAAAGCAUUCUGCCUUAGGCAUGCCAAGAUGUCUCAGCAAAUUAGUGCGUGAUUUGAUGCUUUGGAUUUCAACGUGAAUUAUUAACGAUAAUAAGAGUAUUUUAAUUAUUCUCUAUAAUAAAAGUAUUGUAAUUAUUUUUUAUAAAAAAAUAUUAAUUUAAAU